AUGUACCUUUCCCGGCACAUGACACCGACGCCUCAUGUCGCUAGAUCCAGCUCGCGAGGGCGCCUUCGCGUCGCCAUCAUUGGCUCGGGGCCGGCAGGCUUCUACACGGCAUAUCGACUCAUGAACAAAAACAAAGAUGCCGUCGUCGACAUGUACGAGCAACUGCCCGUUCCCUACGGACUCGUCCGCUACGGUGUCGCGCCAGACCACGCAGAAGUCAAGAAUUGUCAAGGUACUUUCGAGGAAGCUGCACAAUCACCGCAGUUCAAUUACGUGGGCAAUGUGAGGGUGGGGCAUGAUAUUGAAUUGGCCAAGAUGAAGCCGCAUUACGAUGCCAUACUCUUCUCAUACGGCGCGAGCGAGGACAGGCAGCUAGGCAUACCCGGUGAAAACCUACCGGGUGUAUAUUCUGCAAGAUCGUUUGUAGCGUGGUACAACGGCUUGCCGGAAUUCAAAAGCUUGAACCCAAAUCUACAGGCUGGUGAACAGGCGGUUGUCAUUGGUCAAGGGAAUGUAGCUUUGGAUGUUGCGCGCAUGCUUUUGACCCCAGUACAUGUGCUGCAGAAGACGGAUAUUGCCGAGCAAGCCAUACAGACACUGUCAGAGAGCAAAGUGCGAUCGGUUCGAGUUGUUGGUCGCCGUGGACCCAUACAGGCUGCCUUUACAGUCAAGGAAGCUCGCGAGCUCAUGAAUUUACCAUCCGUUACUUUCGAACCCAUCGACCGCUCCCUCUAUCCCGCCGAUAUCAAGAAGCUCCCACGCGUCCAGAAACGUAUAGCAGAAGUCCUUCUCAAAGGCUCCAAGACAGACACACAAGACGCGUCCAAGAGAUGGGCUCUCGAAUUUAUGCAGGCACCAAGGUCCAUGCAAGCCAACCAUGGCCAUCUCUCAUCAGUGAUGUUUACAAAGCAACAAUUCGUACCCGACGGCGAUCCCUUCGACCAAACAACCCGCGUCAUGCCUACAAACGAGGAGACUAGUCUUGAAACAUCCCUAGCUUUUCGCUCCGUGGGCUACAAGUCCACCGCCAUACCCGGCCUAUCAGAAAUUGGCGUUCCCUUUGACGAGAAACUAGGCAUAAUCCCCAAUGACAUGCAUGGCCGUAUCAUCACACCAUCAGCCGGUCCUGGAAACCUAACAGCAGGCCACGUCCCCGGGCUCUACUGUGCAGGCUGGGUCAAGCGCGGACCCACCGGUGUCAUCGCCAGCACAAUGCAAGAUGCCUUUGCCUCUGCAGAUAUCAUCCUCCAGGAUUGGGAGCAACAUGUACCGUUCCUAAACGACAAAACCGGUGACAAUACAAGUACGGGACUGGGCUGGCAUGGCAUCCAAAAGGAAGUCGAAGCCAGGGGUGUUAGACCCUUGAGCUGGGACGACUGGAAGAAAAUUGACCAGGCUGAACGGGCGAGGGGAAAGGAAAAGGGCAAGGAAAGGGAAAAGUUUCAGAGUGUAGAGGAUAUGUUGGCUGUUCUGGGGUAA